CAGGUGUUCCAAUGCUUAGUUUCUGACAUCCUAUUUCGAUUGAUCAUGCACUGACGUAAACAUUUGGACUAUGGUAUUCAAAAGAAACGCAAGUUUAUUGUGUAACAUUGUGAAUAAGUAAAGGAAACUUAUCGGGAUACACAAUUAAUAUCUCCGUUUAAUCGUAAUUUGAUUACCGUAAGUGUGACCACCGUGUGUAAUGAAACAUUGAAAUCGAAAGUGAUAUAAAUCGACAGUGAUAUAAACAUUUAGGGGAACAUCUCAUUCUACUUCGAUAACUUAUUGAACGCGAUAAUCAACAGACAUAUAGUCCCAGAAUAUGGCUGAUAUCAAAGAGAUAAAUACUACAACGGAGUUCAUUUUAAAACGGUUGGACAAUUUAACAGGAUGUGGAGAAGACUGUACAUGUUCUUCAAAGAUUGAACAACUAAGAAAAGCUUUUCAAACUGUUGAGGAGCGCGUGAACGCAUUGCAACUCAAUGCAAUUGACCCCCAGAACGAGGAAAUAGACGAGCAAAGAUUCGUUCAAAUUCAAACAAGAAUUGAUGAAUUAAAACAGUCCUUACUUGCGCUACAUGACAACUCCGAACAGACGGAAGUUGUUAAAAGCAAAUCAGACUAUGACGGCGGUUUGCCAAGCAGCUUAAACGGUAGUAAAACUAAUGCGUCAUCCUCGGUUGGAGAAAAUGCCGAUCACGUGGGCGAUCGCGAGCACUUAGGCGGAGCUACUAAUGGAACAGUGGUUCGUGUCGGUGAAUCUGCCAAUUACCUUCUAAACGUAAGCGAAACACACACCGGAAAUGAAACUAUGGCAUCAAACAAACCUGCACUAGGGAAAAGAAAAUGUUUCCAGAAGGCAAAUUACAUCAACAACUGAAUCCGCUAGCACACCAGGACGAAACGUUAUUACACAAACACAUACAGAUCACGUGUUUGGCGACGGUGAUUAUUGGAAGUAUUUGGCAGAGAAUGCGCGAAAGGAAGCACAUCAAUUGACAAGCGAUGAAGAAACCAUUCGUACAGUUCUCUGUCUCGACAUAUCAGAGAGCAUGGCUUCUGGGAACGCGUGGUCGCAGGCCAAAACAUUUGUCAACGAUUUUCUCAAUGAGAAUUUUCAACUUGGCGGACCUAGUCCUCUAUUCGCAGGCCUUUGGUUUAGCUUAGCGGGUGCGAAAAGUUGCAGAGCCACUGCAAGUACAGCAGGCAAUAUCAUAAUUAGUCCGCGAAUUAUUGUUAUCACCGACGGAAAACCAACGGAAACUAGCCUGCGAGGCGGUCCCGAUAUCCAGACCAAAAAGGAUGAGACGAUGACGUCAAUAUUAGGAUGUCUGCAACAAAUCGAAGAGAAAGGUGCUACGGUAUUUUUUGUCGGCGUUGGAGACUAUGACGAGGACUUUUUGAAACUCGCCACGGCUACCGAAGGGCGGAAGAAGCUUUUUGGCUACCAAGAUGGACGAAGGUUGGUGAAGAGAACCUUGCUUUGUACAAAAACAACCAUGUUCCACGAAUCAUCAUACAUGCGAAGUGGAAGUAUGCAGUCGUCGGAGGAUUAUGAGGAUAUGCAAGACAUUCGACUUGAAUCGAUGGCACGAUUAGGUCAAAGGCAGGAAGUAACGAGCACGGCUUAUUUUGAAAAUGAAAACGACGAAUUUCCGUGCAUUGGUUCCCGCGUGCGCCGAGGUCCUGACUGGAGGUUUGAUGACCAAGACAACUUCGGACCGGGAACCGUCGUCGGACACUCAAAAAAUGAUUAUAAAGUUUGGGUAACGUGGGAUUUCGAUGACAUAACGGCGGAGUACAGAUACGGUAUGGGAGAAUACGACGUGUUGCUCGUGGAUGAGCAGCGUGUGUUAAAACCUAAAGAGAAAAUGGCGGUCGGCUGUCGAGUGAAACCAAGUAGGGACGCUAGGUCACAAGUUUUAUCUUGUUCUAUGGAAGGUGUCGUAAUACGCAUGAAUUCCACAACUGCAGAGGUGCGUUGGGACAACGGAAAACGUGGUGAUUACAGCUAUGGUGCAGUUGGACGAUAUGAAAUAGAGUUGUGCACAUCCUAUGGACAAUCACGGAACACUACCCAAGGCAAUAAUGCAUCCGCAUCGGGAAGCAAAACGAGGUCCAACAAGAAUAAAAACAAAACUGCGAGCCCAUGAAAAUCACAAAUAAAAUGAUGAGUAUCUCAAAACCAAAAGCUUCGAUGUUAAUUGAGGUAUUUUCAGAACAAUGUUUCAAAUAAAAUGGAGACUAAAAUAUUCAGACAAUUGUUUCUAAUUAUGUUGUAUGAUGAUGUUAUUUGUGCGUAUUUGAUGUUGAAUGUUAUAGCUAUUUUUUAUGUAGAUUUUUUUAUUAGAAUGACAACAAAACAUU